ACAAUCUCAGACAAGAUGAAGCUCUCCGGCGGGGUCUUGUUGCAGGCAAUAGCUCUGCUGUUUGCAAACAGGUUCGUUCUAUCGGAAGAGCAGGCAGGAAGAGGAGAUGAAGAAAGAGGAGGAGGAGAUAAGGUAUCUCCAGCUUGCCCUCUCGCCCUCCAAAGCAGCGGGAAAUGCGAUGGAGAGGAAUGUCCCUACCAGGUGAAUUUUCCUCCUCUGACCAUCCAGCUGCCUAAGCACUUCCAACUGAUGGAGAAGACCCUCAAGGAAGUGGAGGUCCUCAAGGAGAUGGUCAACACGCUGAAGAAAUCCUGCCAGGAUUGUAAACUCCAGGCAGAUGACAACCGAGAGAAGGACAAUUCCAACGACUUUCUGCCGGACGGCCCCGCCAACCAGAGCGCCGUGCAAGACAACCGAGUCACGGACCUGCAGGAUAAGGUGAACAAGCUGUCCGAGAACCUGAAGAAUGCCAAGAACCAGAUCCAUACUCUGCACGGCCGGCUGGAGAAGAUGAACCUGGUCAACAUGAACAAUGUGGAAAAUUACGUUGACAACAGGGUGGCCAACCUGACGUUUUUCGUGAAGAGUUUGGAUAUGAAGUGCUCUUCACAGUGCCCAGCGGUAGCACCCACACCAUUCAUCCAGCUUCUUCAAGGAGACUGUUCCAAUUAUUUCGCCACCGGGAGCCGGCGGAGCGGCAUCUACAAAGUUACCCCGGAUCCCAGAAACCAUAGCUUUGAGGUGCAUUGCGACAUGGAGUCCUUUGGAGGGGGCUGGACCGUCUUCCAGAUGCGCCAGGACGGCAGCGUCUCCUUCAACCGAAGCUGGGAGGCCUACAAGAAGGGCUUUGGCAACGAUAAGGAGUUCUGGCUGGGCAACGACAAAAUCCACCUCCUGACCAAAAACAAGGAGAUGGAGCUGAGAAUCGAGCUGGAAGAUUUCAACGGCGUCCGAAAAUACGCCAAAUACGACCAGUUCUACGUCGCCAACGAGUAUCUCAAAUACCGGUUAGCCAUCGGCACCUACACCGGCAACGCCGGAGACUCAUUGCACUACAGCAAACGCUACAGCCACGAUCAAAAGUUCUUCAGCACCCCGGACAAGGACAAUGACCAGUACUCUUCGGGCAACUGUGGUGCCUAUUAUAGCUCGGGAUGGUGGUUUGAUGCUUGUCUGGCUGCGAAUCUCAACGGCAAAUAUUACAACAAGAAAUAUAAAGGGGUCCGCGAUGGCAUUUUUUGGGCCACGUGGACGGAACCGUCUGAUCAGAACAUGAACGGUUACCGGAAAGCUUUUAGGAAGGUUAAAAUGAUGAUGAGGCCCAAAACAUUUUUGCCGUGAAUCCUUUCCCUCCUCCCAAAAUCCAAUUUGUCCAAUCUUGGCACUUUCCCUCAGAAUUUGAGUGCAAUUUAAGAAUAUUCUGUUACAUUCCUUCUUUUAAAAAAAAA